AUGCAGGUCUACAUCGUUUACAUGGGGGCAUUGUCGUCAAACAGCGACUACGUCUCUAUCAAACGUCAACAUUUUUCAUUGCUUCGUAGUGUCAUUGGAAAAGGUUACACACCGAGCCUAAUCAUCACCAACUAUGGGUUGGCCUUUGACGGGUUCGCCGCAUGGCUCACUGAAGAGGAAAGCAAGAAGCUUUCA